UGUACAUACACAUACACACACAGAAACAUGUACACACACGCACAGAGACACAUGUACACACACAGGCAUGUACAGACACUCAUACACACAGAUACAUACACACAUGUACAUACACACAGACAUGUACAGAUACACAAAUGUACAUACACACAGACACAUGUACAAUUGUACAUGCGCGCGCGCGCGCGCGCACACUGCCAUCCCCCCCCCCCCAUAAAAAGUUGCAGUACUUCGUUGUUCACUCACAGAUCCGGGUACUGCACUCUAGGGGGAGGCAGAGAGCACAUCACACACUCCUUGCUUUGCUUUCACUGCACUCAGCUAUUGAGCAGUUUGACGGCACCCAGUGCCAAUGACAGAUCCGGCCUGAGCUCCAAGCCUGCUCAGCAAGGUGGCCCUGGGGGACACACUUGCCCCCACCAUAAUUUCCACUCGCCACUGGCGAGCAGGCGGGUGGAAAUUUCAAGCCCU